UGAAGAUGUAGGUUGUAAACAAAUCGAUAUUCAAAUACGACGUAAAGCAGUGUAGUGUUAUUAAAAUGGAGUUUAUUUAAGUUUGAGAGUGCUUUACCUGCCCACGAGAAGAGUAUCAGUUCUGGUAAUAUAAGUAAAUGAGUAUCAAAAUGCCCACGUACAGAGUUCAGAACCUUUAUAACAUAUGUCUGAAUAGCAUUGUGUGUAAUGUCAACUUUUGGUUGAAACUGAAGAAGGACCAUGACAAAAAUGGGAAGAAAUACAGCCCAUUUAGCGUCUUGCCUGCAUCAUUGGAGCAAGAACUGCUGGACACUUAUGUGCGCAUUCAUAGUCUACCUGACAGGUAUAACUUCUGGCUGGAGCAUCAGGAAAAGUGGAGACUGUUUAUAACUGAACACAUCAGUAGACUUGCAAUAACAGAUUACACAGAGAAGGCAAGCCUCCUCCACAUUGCUGCAACAUGUAGGAACCUGAAGUACCUUGACAUCAAGAAUGUAUAUGAAGCUCUCCCAUGUCUCAAAACAAUAGCACCUUGUUUGAAACUUAACUUUGUGACAAUGGCACAUAUUAACAGCACCACACUGAAGUAUAUCCGGAAUCAUUGCCCAAAUCUCAGGUUUCUUGGAUUACGAUCAUGUGUUCUCAAUGACAAAGCACUGGGGCAUUUGAAGCAUAUAAAUACUCUCACAGAGCUCGACAUAAGGGACACAGAGGUUACAGCAUCAGGCAUAUGUCUUGUUUUAAAACACAACCCUCAGCUGCGUAGCUUACAUCAUCCAGAGGUAGUGCGUGGGCUCUAUAAAAUGCAUUCCUCUCGAACUUGGUUGGUACGUGUAGAGUCGAGUCUCUUGUCUUCUACUAUGAUGUCAUAUCAGUUGAGAGACAUUGAGUUUGAGAUAUCAAAGAAGGAUAAUCCUGGAAUGUUAGCUGUAGUUGUUUCAUCAUGUCCAGCUAUUGAACGAGUCCGUGUUGAAGUUGAUGCCAGUGCUCCAGCUGACUCACUCGCACCUUUAGCGAAACUUCAAUAUUUGACAGAGCUAGAUGUCCAGUGCUGUGGUGACAGUACACACAAAGGGUGGGAUGACCCUGCUUCAGCUGCUAUAAAUCUGUUUGCUUGUAGUAUUGUGCCAAUUUUAGAAGCUCGUGGCAGAAAUCUGUAUGCUUUCACACUGGAGGGAAUUGUUUCUGUUGAUAUGCAGCUGAUUGAACACCUCUGCCCUAAUUUAGUAAGCUUAGGUUUAUACUACAACUCUUAUUUGGAAGAAUCAUUUAUUAUCCCUGAAGAUUUGACUCUUUCAAAGCCAUUUCCUGGGCUUCGCAGACUUCUAUUUGGCUCUAAUUCUGGAGACAGUGAUUUUCCAUCAGAAUAUUUGGAAUGGCUGCUGUCUAAUCAAGAUUUGGAAGAACUUUCUCUCUCUGGCUCACCUCUUUUUAAUAUUGAGUUAUUCAAUAACGCAUUUGCAAAUUCUUCUGCGUAUCCAAACUUACGUCGUCUUGAAUUAGAUUACUGCAAUGUGACCGCUGAUGUUAUAAUAGAGUUUUUAUAUCAUUGUGGUCGUAAAUCAUUACGAGAGCUCAGUAUUUGUGGCCCAUUUGUAAGAGAACAAGCAGCACCAUCUCUUUGUUAUAUACUCUGUGAAAAAUUGGAUGUUCAACUUGAGGCAUACUUUUAUUCAUUUGUGAAAUUGAAAAAGAGACUAGUUCGAUACAAGCAGGAUCUCACUUGCAUCAGUUCAGAAUUGGACAUGAUAUCACUUCACAACAAUUUCGACCAUUGCCGUCUGAUAGAGUUUAUUGAUCCUAACUGAUGCAGUGGUGAGUCUUGCAAUUAUUAAUUUGUUGUUUGUACUAGUCGUUACCAAAAGAGUGACUGUGAGAUAAAUGUUAAAGAUUUGUCAAGGAAGUUACAUACCCUUCUCUGUGAUUAUGGAAUGUGAACAUAUCAUUCUUUUCCUAAGCCAAAGAAAUAUCAUUUUCAGUUAGAUCAUAAAUUACAUAUUAGUAUGAAUUAUCCAGAAAUCAUACAUCCAUUGAAAUAUUUGAAAUCAUUUUUUAGUUUUGCCAAAGAUGUUACUAGUCUCU